AUGCAUGGAUUGUUUGGCUGGACAGAAAUCAAAAUGGCGUCCAUUGCGAAUGAUAGUAAGCUCUCAGAAACUAAAGAAGAAGGCUUUAUUUUAACUGAAGACGAUAUACCUGGGGCUGUUUUGCCAAACAGAAAUGUAGAGGCAUGCAGUGUGGUACAGCUAAAGCGCUGGCUGAUUUGUAGGGGAGCGAAAACAAGUGGUAAAAAGUCAGCUUUAGUCAGCAGGGUAAAACACUAUGUAGAAAAUGGCCUUGACAAGAAAUAUCUUAGAGACCCCGACAACGGCGCUAAUAUUAUGAAGAAAAAAGCAGAUCUUGGUUUGCUUGAUAAGAAAGAGCCUCAAACAAAUGGAAAAUUUCCAAAAGAAGGUUUCAACUCUGAUCUCAAUGCUCUCCCUAAAGUAUCAUUUGGAACCAUCUGGCGUUACAUGAUCGACUCAGUUGACUCAAAAAAACAACUCUCAACUGCUAAACCUCUUGUAAAGGGGUUCAAUUUUUAUAAGUCUGGGAACGUACAUUCUAUUCACCAUUUAAAGGAAAGUGGGAAGCACUUUAUAAAGAGCCAAGUUCUCUCAUCAAUGAAAAAGAACUUAAUAUACCAAUGUCAAAUAGUAAUGUCAAGUAUUGGAGGAGUACUCAAAGCAUAUUGUGGUUGCCCAGCAGGAAUAGACGGAAGAUGUAAUCAUGUGUCUGCAACUCUCUUUGCCUUGGAUGAAUAUUGCAAAGAAAGAGAAAAGAUCUCCAUAGAAUCAUGUACUUCUAAACCAUGUAAAUGGAAUAUCCCAAGGAAACGAAAAGGUCCUGUAUCACCAAUCUCAGCCAUGUCAUUUCAUAAACAUGACUACAGCAAACAAAUUAAGACUGACAGAACACCAAAUAUCAAGAAAGGGAAAGAUGUUCAAGCUAUACAUCAGAGAGAGUGGUCAGAUGCCAAAGUGAACAAUAUGUUACAAACUAUCAAAGACUAUCAAACCAAAAGUGGUAACAUUGUUGGCUGGAGUCACAUACUGCCACAAGAGGUUAAAGAAGAAGACACCAUUGUUUCGCCACUCAAAGUCCUUCCACCAUCCCUAAGGGAAAUAAGUGAAAAAUGCAAAGAAAUUGAGAAAAAGUUGAAUCUAGAGGAAAAGGAAAUUACCAAAGUUGAGCAAAAGACUAGAGGACAAUCAAAGGACAAGCUUUGGAAUUAUCACAGAAAGUGUAGAAUAACAGCUUCGAAAUGUUACCGGGUUGCCUCUUUGAAGCCCACUACAUCACCAACAAAGGCACUUGCAGAUGUCUUACAGUAUAAUAAACAGUAUCAGAGUUUUGCAAUGAAUCAGGGUUUAGAGAAAGAAGAAGAAAUUGAAAGAUUAUAUGUUACAUCAAAGCAUAACUCAGGCUACAGGAAUCUUUCAGUUGAGCCAUGUGGGCUUUUUAUAAGCCAAAGCCAUGGUUUCUUAGCAGCCACCCCUGAUGGUCUAGUGUCAGAUCCUCAUGUUUCCCAACCACUUGGACUUCUUGAAAUGAAAUUGAUACAGUUAAAUGACAGUGAGAGUCUUAGACAAGGUCUGCUUCAAAGAAGAAUAUGUAAGGACUGUGGUGACAACCAUCUAAAGAUGAACACUGGACAUAAGUAUUUCUAUCAAAUACAACAACAGAUGUUUGUAACCCAGCGUAAAUGGACAGAUUUUGUAGUCAAGGGAUCAACAGGAAAUGAGCUAUACAUUGAGCGAGUCAACUUCAACUCUGAGUUUUGGGAAAGUGUUCUUCCUAAACUUUGCAAUUUCUUUCAACAACAAGUUUUACCAGAGAUGUCUUAUCCUCGAGUCAAAUAUGGGUUAGCAAGAUGUCAGUUGAGAUUUGAAUAG